AUGACUGACUACAAAGCAAUCGCUGAUGGAGUCAUCGAAAAACUCUUUGAGUUUGAAAAAGCAACAGACUGGACUAAAGCAAAAGAAACGAAAGAAAUAAAGACUUUCUACAAACAUUCACCCGAACUCGAUGGUAGAAUGUUCAAGGUAGAAUUUGUGAUAGACGCGCCAGUUGAGAAGGUUGUCGCCGUCAUAAUGGACAUAGAAAACCACCAUAAGUGGAAUUCUUCAAUUGAGUCGAUCUCAGUCAUAGAACAAAUCAAUGAGGACAUGAAGGUAAUAUACAGCGUAACUCCCAGUCACCUAGGGGGUCUCGUAUCUCAUCGAGAUUUUUGUGACUUAGUUGGUGUACGUCAUUUUCAGGAGAAAGACGUGCAUGUGAUCUACGACGUAAGUGUUGAUCACCCAGAAUGCCCACCUGUUAAGAAGUAUGUCCGUGCUCGAAACUACCCAUCUGGUCAUUUGCUAUAUAAAGUGGACGGAGACCCUAACAAGACACGGAUAGUUGACUUCAUCCAGAGUGAGAUGCACCUGUCUCCAAAAGCACUGAUUGACAGAUUAAUACCGUUCCUGAUACCAGCUUACCUAAAGGAUCUUUCCAACGGUGUUAAAGAGUUAUAA